AUGGCGGUAGGUGGGCGAAUCCCGAUUUCAGGCCGCGGGGAGAGGGGUUUCUCGUCCUCUUGGAGGGGCGGGUGGAAGCUGUCGCCCGCCGGAGUGUGCGAACAAAAUGGCGCCGCGGCCUUGUUCUGCGCCCGCCAUCAUGACGGCCCGCCGUCGGGAGGGGGAAGCCUCGGACGCACUUGCAAGGGCGGGUUGCGGGAUCGAAGCCCGCACGGGGAAGAAAGGGAGGCGGGCUCGGGGAUGGUGUCAGAACCCCAGUCCUGGGGCGGAGGAGGCUCGGAGGGCGAGGUGAUUGAUCGGGAUGCCUUUUCCGUCCCAGCUAGUGACACAGAACGAGAUGGACUAGUCCCAGAAAAGACGUCCCCAGAGAGUGAGAAGAAAAAAGAGCAGUCAGAUCUAUCUGUUUCUCCUAGAGCCUCAAAGCAUCAUUAUUCACGAUCAAGGUCAAGGUCAAGGGAAAGAAAACGGAAGUCAGAAAAUGAAGGGAGGAAACACAGGAGCCGGAGCAGAAGCAAAGAGGCAAGAAGACAUGAAUCCAAAGAUAAAUCCUCGAAGAAACACAAGUCUGAGGAACACAACGACAAAGAGCAUUCUUCUGAUAAAGGAAGAGAGCGACUGAAUUCAUCUGAAAAUGGUGAGGACAGACACAAACGCAAAGAGAGAAAGGCGUCAAGAGGCAGGAGUCAUUCCCGAUCUAGGUCUCGGGAAAGGCGUCAUCGCAGUAGAAGCAGGGAGCGGAAGAAGUCACGAUCCAGAAGCAGAGAGAGGAAGAAGUCACGGUCUAGAAGCAGAGAGAGGAAGCGGCGUGUCAGAUCUCGUUCUCGAUCAAGGUCAAGACACCGGCAUAGGAGUCGAAGCAGAAGUCGGACAAGGAGUAGAAGUCGAGAUAGGAAGAAGAGAAUUGAGAAACCAAGAAGGUUCAGCAGAAGUUUAAGCCGGACUCCUAGUCCACCUCCCUUUAGAGGCAGAAACACAGCAAUGGAUGCACAAGAAGCCUUAGCCCGGAGGUUGGAACGAGCAAAGAAGUUACAAGAACAGCGAGAAAAGGAAAUGGUUGAAAAGCAAAAACAACAAGAAAUUGCUGCAGCUGCAGCUACUGGAGGUUCUGUCCUCAACGUAGCAGCCCUUUUGGCAUCUGGCACUCAAGUCACUCCUCAGAUCGCUAUGGCCGCACAGAUGGCAGCCCUGCAAGCAAAGGCUUUGGCAGAGACUGGGAUAGCCGUACCGAGCUACUACAACCCAGCAGCCGUGAAUCCAAUGAAGUUUGCAGAACAAGAGAAGAAAAGGAAAAUGCUUUGGCAAGGCAAGAAAGAAGGGGACAAAUCUCAGUCUGCUGAAAUAUGGGAAAAAUUGAAUUUUGGGAACAAAGACCAAAAUGUCAAAUUUAGGAAAUUAAUGGGUAUUAAGAGUGAAGACGAAGCUGGAUGUAGCUCAGUCGAUGAAGAAAGUUACAAGACUUUGAAGCAACAAGAAGAAGUAUUUAGGAAUCUUGAUGCGCAGUACGAAAUGGCAAGAUCACAAACCCACACACAAAGAGGAAUGGGCUUGGGAUUCACGUCGUCCAUGCGAGGAAUGGAUGCCGUUUGA